ACCUAGCAGCGACAGGGAGCUUUUUGUGGUGUUUUGGUUCGGUCGAGCCCACUCACAAAAAUGACAGCGAGGAAGUCUGGCUCACGACUGGAGACCGAGAUAGAGCGGUGCCGUUCAGAGGGUCAAUGGGACAAGAUACCAGAGCUAGUACGGCAGCUCUCAGCCAAACUAAUAUCAAACGAUGAUCUAGGGGAGUUGUUGCUGGGAGAAUGCAAGCUUCAGACGUACCUGAAGGAAAACCCCAUCAAACAGGGAGCCAGUCCCAGGGGCCCACGACCUAAACUGGUGGAGGUCAGGAAACACCUCACUGCUGCUUUGGACAGAGGAAACCUCAAGGCUGAUUACCUUCAGGAAGCCAGCCUGUUGAUGGCCAAACUGUGCUAUGUGGAGGGAGAAUACAGAGACGCUUUAGGUCACUACAGCCACGUGAACCUGGACGACAUGCAGCUGGGGGGAGCUCCUGUGUAUCGGCUGUCCAUGAUAGCAGAGGCAUACGCUACUAAAGGACUGUGUCUAGAGAAAGUCCCAGCUGCCUCUCCGUCUCUAUCCAAUAAGAACACUGGGUCUCCAUCAUCUAAUAGGAGCACAACAGAUCGGGAGCAGGAAAUCAUCACCUGCUAUGAAAAGUCUGGAGACAUUGCCCUGCUCUACCUGCAGGAGGCUGAGAAGGCGUUGUCAGCUGGAAUGCAGAACCGUAGCCCAAAGCCCGGCCCAACUGCCCAGGACCUGGAACUGGGCUACUUCCUGGAGACAGGCCUGCAAAGAGCUCAUGUCAUCCACUUCAAGAAUGGCAACCUGACACGAGGCGUGGGCCGGUUUCGGGAGAUUCUUCGGGCUGUUGAGAACAGGACCACCCAGAGCCUGCGCAUGACCAUAGCCAGACAGCUUGCAGAGAUCUUGCUUAGAGGAAUGUGUGAACAGAGUUACUGGUCUCCUCUGGAAGACCCACCCACUGUGUCGCCAUUGGACGAUCCCACACGGCAGGGACACACUCACAGCAAGAACUACAGCCUAAGCCGACGCCCACGGGUGUACUCAGGAGAGAAUCUGUUUUGCCCUCAGGAGAACACAGAAGAAGCUUUGCUGCUGCUGCUCAUCAGUGAGUCCAUGGCUAACCGUGAUGCUGUCCUGAGCAGAAUCCCCGAACACAACAGUGAUCGUAUCAUCAGCUUGCAGUCUGCCUCUGUGGUGUACGACCUGCUGACUAUAGCUCUAGGCAGGAGAGGGCAGUAUGAGAUGCUGUCAGAGUGUUUGGAGAGAGCCAUGAAGUUUGCCUUUGAGGAGUUCCACUUGUGGUACCAGCUCGCCCUGUCGCUGAUGGCAGCUGGGAAAUCAGCUCGUGCCGUUAAGGUCCUUAAGGAGUGUAUUCGGCUGAAGCCAGACGACCCCACCAUCCCACUGCUGGCUGUCAAACUAUGUAUCGGCCCUCUCCACUGGUUGGACGAGGGGGAGUGCUUUGCAAAGAUGGUGAUUGAUAUGGGGGAGAAAGCAGCUGAGUUCAGAGCCAAAGGCUUCUUGGCCAUCGGGCUGGUUUACAGCCUUAAAGCCACUGAUGCAUCAUUGCGAAGCACACAGGAGGAGUACCAGAGGAAAGCUUUGGGAGCCUUCCAGAGAGCUCAGAGUCUGUCUCCCACUGACCAUCUAGCAGCGUUCUACUUGGCCCUGCAGCUUGCCGUGUCCAGACAGAUCCCUGAGGCACUAGGCUAUGUACGACAGGCGUUGCAGCUCCAAGGGGAUGACGUCCACUCCCUUCAUCUGCUGGCCCUGUUGCUCUCUGCUCAGAAACACUACCACGACGCUCUCAAUAUUAUAGAGAUGGCUCUGUCCGAGUACCCUGAAAACUUCAAUCUGCUGUAUACCAAGGUGAAGUUGGAGUCUAUGUGUAGAGGACCAGAGGAAGCUCUGCUCACAUGUAAACACAUGCUGCAGAUCUGGAAGAGCUUUUACAAUCUUACCAACCCCAGUGAUUCUGGGCGUGGCAGCAGUUUGUUGGACAGAGCCAUAGCGGACAGACGACAGCUCAACGCCAUGACUCUGCCUGACUUCAGUGACCCAGAGACUGUCUCAGGUUCUUCCUCUUCUCACUCCGGUUCUGAACCGAUCUCCCCCACCUCCCCGUCCACCAUUUCCACCUUCUCCACCUUCUCUUCCCUCUCCUCCCCACUGUCCUCCCCUUCUUCCCCCGUCUUCAUUCUUCAGCCUCCUCCUCUCCCUCCACCCAAAAAUCCAUCCUUCCUCCCUCCUGGCCCUCCUCCACCCCCUCCUCUUCUUCCUCCUCCUGCGCCCACCAAGACAAGGACUCACUCCUUUUGCAACCACGUCGCUCUUCGACAACUCUCCUCCAAUAGCUCGGUUCAUGCUACAUCUAUAGCAGCCAGUCGUGUAGAGCAGGCUCUGUCUGAGGUAGCCUCCUCUCUGCAGAGCAGCGCCCCCAAACAUGGACCCCUGCACCCCUGGAUGACCCUGGCUCAGAUCUGGCUGCAUGCAGCUGAGGUGUACACGGGAAUGUCCAAGCCCGCCGAGGCCACAGCCUGCACGCAGGAAGCCUCCAAUCUCUUCCCCACAUCCCACAACGUGCUGUACAUGAGGGGGCAGAUAGCCGAGCUGAGGGGCAACAUAGACGAGGCCAAACGCUGGUAUGAAGAGGCCCUUUCCAUCAACCCCACGCAUGUCAAGACCAUGCAGAGACUGGGCCUGAUUCUUCACCAGCUGCAACGCUACAGUCUGUCCGAGAAGGUCCUGAGGGAUGCUGUGCAGGUCAACAGUACGGCUCACGAUGUGUGGAACAGUCUCGGUGAGGUGUUGCAGGCUCAGGGAAAUGCCGCCGCUGCCACCGAGUGUUUCCUCACCGCCUUGGAGCUGGAGGCCAGCAGCCCCAUUCUGCCCUUCACCAUCAUACCCAGGGCAUUAUGAGACACACACACUCACAGUUACAGCCUGAGUGCUAUAACACAGUGGCACAAAUGAUGGACCUGCAACCUGCACACACACCAUACACACACAGCAUGCCUGCAUGCCACUUAGACACACCUGCACAAGGUUUUACUGCCAUUCCCUUAGACACUCACACACACUGUAAAUAAACAGUUCACAUACAUACACGCUUCCCCCUUCCCACAAUGCCUUGCUGUGGCUGUGACCCCAGACUUUGUGUGUGUGUGAGGGCAUACAUCGCUUGUGUGUGUGUGUGUGUGUGUGUGUGUGCGUGUGUGUUGAUCUGCACUUUUUGUGUGCCUGUUUGUGUCUGUGCAUGUACACCCAUGUCUGUGUAUGUGUGCCAACAUGUUGCCUGUGCAUAUUUGUGUCUGGCUGUAUGUGAUUUGUAGUAUGCUCUGUGUGUUUGUUGUUUUUGUCCUGUUCAAAGAUGUAAAUAAAAUUACAUUAGAGUUCCUAUUCUAGCAUUACUAGCAUUCAGAAGCCCAAGAGUUUACAUUUUGUUUACAUGUUAUUUAGUCCAAUAAUGUUUCCUUUAAAAGCCAAAUAUUAUGAAAAUCCAACACACACACACACACGUUCACUUGCUGUUUAUAUGGAGAGGGUCAUGGUUACUGUAUGGCUGGCUCAGGACAGCCACAUCUUUGGACAGACAUGAUCAACAGAUCACCGAAGAAUCAAUCAAUAAAGUCUAAAUGCCAAAACACAGGUUGCAUUUACACACACAGGAGAUCAGAUUUAAAACUGCUAAUGUCUUCUUUAAAUUAAAGCAUAUUUUUUUCUCAGCUGUACACACUUUACAGUCUCCUUUGUUUAACCAUAUUUUAAUGACACUAUGAUUUUACAUUUUUUGUAAUAUGUGCAUCAUUCAGUUUGCCCCACGGGAAGAGCUAUAGCUACAGGAAUAGUUUGACAUUUUGGGGAAAUAUUUUUUGUUUGUUUGUUUGUUUUUCUGCUGUCUUGCUAAGAGUAAAGAGAGUAGUUUGAUACCACUGUCAUGUCUGUAAAGUAAAGCUACAGCCAGCAGCUGAUUAGCUUAACUUAGUAUAAAGGGCUGAAAAACUUAAGUGCCAAAAACUGCAGUUCUUCAAAUGGCCACUUGAGGCUGGCUCCAACAGUGAGUCAAUCCCCAUAGACCCCCAUGUUAAAAUUCCCAACUUUACAGCAGAAAUAAACAGGUUUACAGCCUGGUGCAAAAAAACAGUUUUGGUCUCGUAAGCUAAUUUCAACAUUCAUGAUAACCGUACAUGGCGUGACUUUUUAUAAAACUCACCCAUUAACAUGAUAUUAAGGCUUAAAGUUACGCAUCUGUAAGGGUAGGCCUGCUAGAGUGACAGGCUGUCUGCAAGGCAUCACUACACUCUAUGAUUCAGAUCCACCCUCUCGUCCAAAUAUAGUCACUUGGCUCCACAAAGUGAAGAUGGCAAUGGCCAAAAUGCCAAACUCGUGGCUUCAAACAUGGCCAUCCAAAUAUGGUCACACUUGAGGCUUCAAAAUGGCGGCCCACAACCUAAUGGGGGACACCACGGUAGAUACAUGCGAUAUUUUACACAGUUUAUGAUACAGACUGGAGAAAAGAAUCAGCUAGCUUGGCUCUGUCAAAAAAAAAAAAAAAAAACAUCUGCAUAACGCACCUCUAAAAUUCACAUAUUAACACGUGGGGUUUCUGUUCAGAUAAAACAAAAGAAAGAUAAGUGCUUAAAAAAAAACCUACAGGUUAAACAAAGGAGAUAUACCAUGCUAAUUAGUGAGCUGUAUAGGUGCUGCAAGGCAGAUUUUGUUACCCUUGGACAUGGGCAGGCUAACUGUUUUCCCCUGUUACCAGUCUUAAUGCUAAGCUAACUAGCUGCUAGCUCUAGCUUCAUACAUACCAUGUUAACAUUUACGGAGAGUGGUACCAGUCCUCUCAUCUAGCUCUUGGCAAGAAAUCAAAUGAACAUUUCUCUUAAAAUGUCAAACUGUUGAUGUAAAAUAAAUUCAAUUUCACUAUUGAUAAUUUUACAUUUUUAAUGCUUUUGAUCUGUUUGAAAAAGCAGAUUUUUUUAGCAUCUGCAUCUGUGGUCACAAUAGCUGAAUACAUAAGAGUGCCAACUGCAAAAACAAGGAAAUGUCACAAAAAUAGCGAGCUAAGUGUUAACGUAAACCACUGGGAAACCAGAACCUCCUAUGUAACGUUUAUAUUUUGACAAACUGUAAAUAUGAAUGGGAGGUAUCUGUUACACUCAUAGUCUCAAAUAUCUGAUUUCCUGUUAUGUGUAAAUGCAACCAGUGAGUGUGUUGUCUUUGUGUCCUGUCAGUCAUGUUAUAUACAGUUAGGUGAAUAUGCUUUAUUUUUCAUUUGAUUAUAAAUACAAAGGAUUAUUGUUGUAUAUUUGAUUGUUCCGAGUGUAUUAUUAUUGUUAUUAUUUUAGAAAGUAAAUUAUAAUUCUAUUUUCUGGAGUGAGGUGUUACUGAGAUGCAGUUGGAGGAAUAAAAGGAUGAACUGAUACAGUUUGUUGCUGUGAGCUCAGUCAGUGAAUCCUUUGUGCUGUAAAUGAAUGACUGAAAUUAGGAGGAUGACUAUGACAAAGAUAAUAAAAGUGGUUUAAAAAAAG